AUGGACCAAGACCCAGGCAUUAUUCGUGUUGUUGAUCCGAACGAGGAGCAGGAGGAUGAGGCCCUGGUAGCACUUCGCGCUCUCCCUAAGUUUGAGCCGUUGGUCGUGCCGGAUGCUCCGUCCCAUUUCUCGUUGACGAGCGUCUUUGGCGCAUUCUCUACUUCUGCCGACUCCCGUGGUGCAUCGACGGAAUUAGCGUUCAACCCAAGUGUGCUGGUCGACAUUUUAGUUCAGAUCAAUGGUCACAGCAAACGGUGCGGACAGGACAUUCAAGAGUUCCAGAGGUCGCUCGGGACAAAGAUGAGGGCAUUAGAUGACUUCACUACGGGAGCUGUCCAGGAACUGACCGCCAUUCAUCAACAAGCCAAGACCAACUCUGGCGAACUUCUAUCAGUUCACGCGUUGUCGAAGCAGGCACAGACGACGACGACGUUACUACACGGGAUAGUCGACAAACUCAACCUCAUAUCAGAUGCCCUCCCCACAGAAGCAGGGGUCGUCGGGAUCUCAGAAUCGGCAUACCCACACCUCUACCAAUACCUUCAUCAACCACCCGAGCAACACCAUCAUCGUGGAUACACAUCGACAGGAGCGACAAAGUCGUCGUCAAUAGAUUCCAGUCCUGAGAGCAGGUUUUCCGCGCCGUCGGGGUUGGCGCUGCUGGGCCAGAACACGACGCCAUUGAAUCGGAGACCUACGACUACUACUGCUGCUAUGUCUGCGACAGGAACUGGUGCAACGACAACAAUAGGGACAAGUCAGGGAUCUGGACUCCACAUUCGGGAGCCUGGCUAUGGAUGCUGGUGGUGGAGGGCUGUUGUCGGUGAGUCCGAUCCCCCGAUCACGGAGCGCGGAUAUAGUACAGGAUUCUAG